CUUGCUAUAUUGACAUUGAAGAAGAAAACGAAAAGGGAAACGACGACUCAAGGGAAUAUUCACAAUGGAACUUUUUACCGGAUAUAAUAUUGGAAAAAGUUUUUGGUUAUCUAACUGUAAAAGAAAGGUACUACGCAAGUAUGGUUUGUAAAAACUGGUACUUCGGUUUUCAUAUGCCACCUGUUUGGUCUAACUUUAUUGUUGAUGACUGCACCUUAACUAGACCUAAGUACAACUAUUACUCCGGUUGGCACCAUGUAUUGGAUCACAAUAGAACACAAAAUUGCUUGAUGCGUGUGGGCAGAUAUAUAAAAGGCCUAGACUUUCGACCAGAACAUAGUUUCCAAAAUUUAUUCCAAUUUAUGACUUUAUUUGCUUGGUGUAUGGAUAAAGCUCAGUCGCAAAAUUGUCCUUUAGAACUUGCUGGAAUCGGUGCAAAAGUAAAAAGCUUGAAAUAUACUUUCCCAUGUAGUAUGUCGCAAACUGAAGAUCCUCAAGGAAUUAAACUGUUUGGAACUGGAGGGCAACUUCUACAAGUUUUAAAGAAUCUCUUAUCAAAAUUUAGAAAUUUAAAAAUUUUAAAAUUGGUUGAUUUGGUUCUAGAUUAUUAUGAGGCUAAUCAUUUGCUUGACGAAGUUUUAGAUUCUUGCUGCACGGUUUUAAUUUAUUUGAAUCUUGUGAACAUAACAAUCAUUCAUUGCCCGAUAUUGCACAUUGGAUUAUUCUUAAACUUAAAGGUUCUUGUAAUCUCGCCACAAAACAUCGAUGAUGAUGUUUUACAGUUAAUUGCAGACACAAAGCUCAAACAUUUAUUUCUAUAUCAAAAUCGUUAUACUCCAAUGUCAACUAGUAUACGCAAUUGUUCGGAAAAAGCUUGGAAAAUUAUCAAAAGAGACAAUCCUGAGCUAAAAGUACAUAUUAAGGUGGAAUCGUUUCAAAGUAAUGAAUUUGUAUUUCAACCGGAAGCUCCUGUUUACAGUAUUCUAUAUAAUUCACCAAAUACUCAAAUAAAUGCUCAAGCGCUUAUAAGAACAAUUGACAACUAUAAGAAAACGUUAUGCGUCUAUGGUCAUGAAUUGUUGCCGCAGUUUAAAUCUUCCCAACACUUUGAGGAUCGAGUCGAUAGCUUGCUGCUCUUAUUGGUCAGAGAGUGCUGCUUUAUGAACACCUUGGUAAUUCGUGAAGCAAUUUCUUCAUCUACAGUUUUAUUGUUAGCUCAUCAGAGCAAAAAUCUUAAAAUUUUUCACGUUCGACGAUCUGCCACUAUUUUGAAAUGUGAGUGGUCCCAAAAUCCAGAAUGGUCCGAUGGCUUUUACGAGUGGUUGAAAGCAGUAUCAAAAUCAUACGAAACUGUUGAAGAAGAAAUAUCUCAAAUUUUUAGCAGACAAUGGAAGUUUUUAAGUGACGAACAGUAUGAGAAGCUCGAAGUUGAUGUGAGGCAAUAUACGUAGGCUUAUUAACAUUCAGAAUGUUUGAUCAAUGAAACUAAUUUUAGCCGCAGAUAUAAUAUAAUCCAUACAAGUUUUUAAACAUUUUCAUGAAAAGAUAAGUCAAAUAGAAACAGAAUAAAAAAGAAUUAUUUAAAUA